CCCUCCGUUUCGCCGCCGUCUCGCCCCUUCCGUUUUCGCAGCCAUGAGGGCCGCCGCGCAGAUCGAUCCGUCCCCGUCCCCGGCUGCGCUGGCCAAGUCGCGGCUGAAGCGGCUUUUCGAGCGGCAGGUGCUGCGGGUCUCGCCGGCGGAGCGGCUCCCGCUCCCGUCUGUUCCCGCCGCCGGAGGGGAGAAGGAUGAUCUGGAGCCUAGCUCGGUGUGCCUGGACGGCAUGGUGCGGAACUUCCUCGAGGACGGCGGCGAGAGGGCCGCGGCGGCCGCCCCCCGCUGCAUCAACUGUUUCAACGGCGGCGAGGCCUCGGAUGACGACGACGACACCGCCGAGGCGUCCGCCAUGCUGGACGCCGCAGAGACCAUCAAGGGUCUCGUCCGCUGCGCGAGUCUCCGGGAGCGGAACCUCCUGGCGGACGUCGCCACGCUCGUGGAGCACCACCGCGCGGCGGGGGCGAGGAAGCGGGGCCUGCUCCGGCUCCUGGCAGCGUCCCUCCGCGGCACGGGCGGCGGCGGCUACGACGCUGCGCUCUGCGUCUCCCGCUGGGAAAAGUCCCCCACCCACCCGGCCGGCGAGCACGCCUACAUCGACGUCCUCCUCCCGGCCUGCAGCGACCGCGGCGAGCGCGAGCGGGUCCUCGUGGACGUCGACUUCAGGUCCCAGUUCGAGGUCGCCCGCCCCACCAAGGCCUACCGCGCCGUGCUGCAGAGGCUUCCUGGGGCGUUCGUCGGCACGGAGGACCGCCUGCGGCUCCUCGUCGCCGCCGCCGCGGACUCCGCGCGCGCCAGCCUCAGGCAGCGCGGCCUCCACCUCCCGCCGUGGCGGAAGCCCGAGUACAUGCGCGCCAAGUGGCUCUCCCCCUACGAGCGCGAGGCUCCUCCGCCGCCGCCCGAUGACCCCGGCAAUGAGCUCGCCGACACCGGCGAGGGAGGUGGAGAUGGACAGAGUGUUUAAUUAAGGACAUGUCUCCAGUGGAUAUUUUUUUCUCCCCUCGGGAAUUUGCAGCGCGGUGCUUGCAUAGACGGGCAGGGACUGGAUGGAGAUGCUUUUGCUUCUUUUUUCUCUUUCAUUUUGACCCUUUUGGUGGGUAAACGGAGUAGUGAUUGUAGUAUGUACGGUGAAGGAAGAGCAAAAAAAAUAAAAAUUGUAGUGUUAGUUGAAAAAGAUAAAAAAAGUUGACACAUUCAGAUGUUCAGAACCCUGUAUCUUUCGGUUUCAGUGUU